AGUCAGGCAUCGAGAAGCAGAGGCGAAUCACCUGGGAGGAGACAAACAGCAAUGAUUGGACGUAGCGAUGGCGGGUUGGCUGACGCCAACUAUGAUGAUAGCCAGGCAAACAUUACCAAUGUGGAAUCUCCCGCAAGGGAUGUGCAAUCUUUCUCAUUGCCACUGGAGCAGUAUUCGUCAUCUCCUGAUGACAUGAUGAAGCAGCUCACCAUGCCUGCACACACAGUGACACCAUCACCAAGUGAGGGACUACCCGCCAGCGAACGCGCGUCAUCAAGUGAAUACCUCUCCAAGCGUGGUACGAUGCCCAGCGUGGCACCAGCAGCGGCACCACCAUCGCCCCAACAGCUGAGAGUAUCAGAAAACAAGAAAGAAGCAAACGAAUGUAUCGUCAACAGACCCUGUACCACCAGUAGUCGCAGUGCGGCUGGCAGCCGCAAAGGCAGCAGCGGCGGCGCUAGCAGGAACACAAGUGGCAGCAGUAGCAGCAGCAGCGGCGGCAGCAGCAGCAGCAGCGGCAGCAGUGACAAUGAAAGUGACAGGAUAACAAUUGCAGAUAGAUUACACAAUCCCAGUCAUGGGCAUCCUGGUCAUCCCAGUCACCACACUCAUCCUAGUCACCACAUUCAUCCCAGUCAUCCUGCUCAUCGCGCUAGUCCUGCUAAUCCCAGUCUUCAUCCCAGUCUUCAUCCCAAUCAUCCUGGUGAUCACACUCAGCCUGGUUGUCCUAGUUGUCACGUCACAAUGGAUACAGUUGUUAUGCUGCGACUUGAUAGUGAGAUGAUGGACGAAGAAUUGAAAGAGAUUCUAAAAGAGAAUUCUUUCUUGCACGAGGCACUGGCUUUAUGCCAGGCAGUCCUGGGGAAUCAGCAUCGAGUCACAAAACUACAUCGGGAGGAGUUAAACUCUAUUGGAGCAAUGCUGGAUGGAGCCAAGAGGAAUCUGAAAGAGCUCACCGCAGCCAUGGAGAAGCUGCAAAACGAGCGGGAUACACAAACGGGUGGAACUGGUGGUGUGCGAUCAAGCCAACAUAGCUCCCCGAGCCUACAAGCGUCACUUCCUCCACUCAACGCUGAGAAAGCCAGACAACUGCCUUCCAGGUCACAGCCAUAUCCAGCAUCACGGUCGGCUUACAAGCAACUUCCGCGCGCUCUUUCAGCAUCCCCGCAAAGAUCGUAUUUGCGAGAGAGAAUCAGCACACCACCGCCACUGCAAGCCCUUAACUAUGAGAGUGAAGACGAUCACAGUCAUAUGUAUUCUAGAGGUGACGCUGUGUCUCCACCGUCGCAGGCGCGCCGAGCACCAAUCUCCAUGCAGUUGCCAGCGCCAUCACCACCUGCAGCUCACCGGCCACACUUGUCAUUGGUGCCAUCCGCAACCAUGGAUUAUUGCGAACGUGUUAGCCCAGUGCAUACCAUUGAUGAGGUUCCACUGGAAGUUCAGAGAGAGCUGCGUGAGUUUGCUGCAAAGUUCAAGGAGAGGCGUUUAUCACUGCGUCUAACACAAGCGGAAGUUGGUCAGACUAGUAUCGGUCAAAUAGGCACGCCAGACUUUGGUCAGAGCACUAUUUCUCGUUUCGAAAAACUGACGCUCAGCUACGAGAAUAUGAUGAAGUUGCGUCCUUACAUUGAAAGGUGGAUGUCGCUAAGCGACCAUGAGGUAUUGUCAAUUUGUUCUCCUGCAACCGCUGCCAUUAGCUCAUCAGCCGCCAGUGGCCGAGUCAAUGCUGAAAAUAACAAUCCUGCCGCCAAUAGAAGUGACAUGGACAUGGCACAGUCCAGUGUUGUCCCCACUGCUGUUGCUCCACAAGAUCUGCAGCCUGCUGGCAGCAUUGCGAAUCAAGUUCAGCCCAAGAAUGUCAUCCCCGUGACGGCUGGUACCCAUGUGUGCGCUAUGCCAGUUCAGGCUGCCCAUGACCCCGAAUCCCAUCAUGGUCAGCUCCAUCGCCACCAGCACCUGAAAUACCAGCAUCACAAGGAACAACAGCAGAAUUACCAGCAGCAUCACCACCAGCACCACCCACACCCAGUUCACAACUCUCGCGAAGCAGCAGCAGAAGCACAGCAAUCGGUUGUAAUGGAAGGCAUGCACAUAGCCGCUCCAGGAUACAGCACAGACUACGCGCAGCAACCGGUUGUAAUGGAAGGCAUGCAUAUCGCAGCUCCAGGAUACAGCACAGACUACGCGCAGCAACCAUUUGUAAUGGAAGGCAUGCAUAUUGCAGCUCCAGGAUACAGCACAUACUACGCAAAGGCCCGUCAUCAACCGCAGAACCCUCAUUCCCAUCAUGCACAGCCCAGUUCUAGCAAUCCUCACCCCGUCACAUAUUAUAGAUCUGGACAAGGCGUGCUGACGGCUGAUGGGCAUUCAGCUCGCAUGAUCCCAGUGGCUGAUAUCCGGACACCAUCAAACAGCAUGCUGACAAUACCAGCUCAUCGCAAAAAAAAGCGUCGUCUCGUGCUGGAUCAAGACCGAAGAAAAUAUUUGGAGGAGAGCUUCGGAGUGCAGCCAAGACCAUUGCCAGAAGAUCUCCGCCGAAUUGCUCACAUGCUCAAUCUGGAGAAGGAGGAGGUCCGAGUGUGGUUCUGCAAUCGGCGUCAGAAGGAGAAACAACUUACAGGGGCCGGCCCUCAAAGCAGGCAUCAAUCUGCUCAUAUGGAUCUCGAGCCCUAUGAUGGUAAUGUUGGAGGAGAUGGAGCUGGAGGUGCUGAAAAUACACCCGGUACCCUGUUAAGUCACAGCUGCGAUACACACCACUCUCCUGAGGCAUAAUAAUUAUUAUGAAGUUGGAGUGAAUGAAGAUGAUCUGAACAGCACACAUGACAUCGACAAGGAUGACUACUACUAUGACUAACUAGUCCAAGUGCAGUCCCCACCUGGUGGUGCUGGCCAGGUUGGAGUUGCUUCCAGUGGUCUAGCACAGCAUACACACGUCCGUAAUCAACGCCACGCUGACCAACUGGCCAGAGAAAAACUUGGUGCUGAGGAAAGCCAUCCCUAUGGGAGCCUAUAUGUCCUGUAUAUAGCUGAGUUUAAAUAACUCGGGCUUUUACUCGCCUGGAUCGCAAAAAGUAUUGGCUAUCCGACUCAAAGAGAAAAUAACUUACGCAGCAGCAGCAGCGCAGCAACCGGUUGCUGGCAUGUACUUGGCAGCUCCAGGAUACAGUACAGGCAACGCAAAUGCCUAUCAUCAACUGAAGAAAUCUCAUUCCCAUCAUGCACAGCCCAGUUCUAGCAAUCCUCACGCAGCCAUCAUACAUGUAUACGAUGGCUCUGGACAAGGCGAGCUGACGGCUUAUGGGCAUGGCAAAAGCAGAAACGACUGGAAGGGGCUGGCCGCUAAAGCAGGAAAUCUGCCCUUAUGGGUCACACCAUCGCCACACUGUACAAUGCGACGAUGGCAAUUGUUACCGCACUUACACUAUUCCAGUAAUUUUGCACUCACCACAGUUACCCAUACAUCGCCACAUUGUACAGUGCUAUCUUUGCUGAAUGUCCCAUCAUAUCCUCACCCAUAUAAUAUUUUAUCACUUCCCAGGGUAGUAUACUCUUAUCAAUGAUAUGUUACUUUCUUACUGGUAUCCUUGUGUUUGUCACUCCAAAGCUUUUAAAUCUUAUUGCUAUUGCUAUUGCUAUUUUUGAUUUUAUCUUCAGUCACGAGUUUCCAUUGAUAAUUAUUGUGACGAGAAAACGUUCUGUAACAAUAUAUUUGUUGCUAAGAUUUUGAUGUGAAUGCGCCUAUAGUUUUAGUCAUUGCAUUUAUAUUUAUAGGGUGGCUUUAUUAAAAUUAAUUUAGUUGUGUGUCUCAUCUGGAUUAUGAAGCAUCCCGCUCCGGGACACAUUCAAAUAUCGACGAUAUACCGUCGAUGGACUAAAACGUUCGUAACUCACUCGAAAC